AUGGCGACCCCCGUUAGGCGUGAUAUAAGGGAUACCAAGCUGUUUGAAUGUGCAUGGGAGGUUGCAAAUAAGGUCGGCGGAAUUUACACCGUUCUUAAGACCAAAGUCCCUGUCACCAUUAAGGAGUAUGGUGAUAGAUACUGUCUUAUUGGACCAUUAUCGUACAAGACGGCUCCUAUGGAGGUCGAGGCUCUGGAACCGACCGAUCCCGAGAUGGUAGCCACUCUCAAGGCAAUGCGCGACCGCGGAGUCAAAGUUCUCUACGGAAGAUGGCUUAUCGAAGGCGCACCUAGAGUCAUUCUUUUCGAUACUAGCAGCCAAUCCCACAAAAUUGACGAAUGGAAAGGCGACCUAUGGAACUUAGCUGGCAUCCCCACCCCACCAAACGACAAUGAGACGAACGAGGCAAUUGUGUUUGGUUACCUUGUAGCAUGGUUCCUCGGCGAAUACACCAUUAAUAAUGUCCACCAGGCUGUCAUUGCACACUUCCAUGAGUGGCAAGCUGGGGUAGCUAUUCCCCUCUGUCGUAAACGGCAGAUUGACGUGACGACCGUUUUUACAACGCACGCAACGCUCCUCGGCCGGUACCUCUGUGCUGGUGCUGUUGAUUUCUACAACAAUCUCCAAUAUUUUGAUGUGGACCACGAAGCUGGGAAGCGCGGUAUCUAUCAUCGAUAUUGUAUUGAGCGAUCAGCAGCCCAUUGCACCGAUGUCUUUACAACGGUCUCCCAUAUCACCGCCUACGAGUCUGAGCACCUAUUGAAGAGGAAACCGGAUGGAGUUGUGCCAAAUGGUCUAAAUGUCGUCAAGUUCCAGGCCAUGCAUGAAUUCCAGAACUUGCAUGCUACUGCUAAGGCUAAAAUUGAUGAUUUUAUCCGUGGUCAUUUCUAUGGACAUUACGAUUUCGACUUAAACAAUACACUCUACGCAAACUUUGUGGACUUAUCCCCAUUUACCCAGAUGUUCACAGCUGGACGGUACGAAUACCGCAACAAGGGGGUGGACAUGUUCAUAGAAGCUUUGGCACGUCUCAACUACCGCCUUCAGCAAUCUGGAACCAACACUACUGUUGUUGCAUUCAUUAUUAUGCCUGCGGCCACUAAUUCAUACACCAUUGAGGCCCUGAAAGGCCAGGCUGUAACGAAACAGUUGCGCGACACGGUCACUGAGAUUCAGCAUCGCAUUGGGAACCGUCUCUUCGAGCAUGCAGCACGGUACAAUGAUAGCGCUCCCGAUUCAACGCUUGUUCCCGACAUGAGCCAACUUCUCUCGGACGAAGAUCGCGUUUUGCUCAAGCGCCGUAUCUUCGCACUCAAAAGGAACUCAUUUCCGCCUGUCACGACACAUAAUAUGGCAGACGACGCAGCGGACCCGAUUUUAUUACAAAUUCGGCGCGUUCAGCUCUUCAAUCGCUCAUCUGAUCGUGUCAAGGUCAUUUUUCACCCUGAUUUCCUUAAUGCGCAUAACCCAAUUCUUGGAUUGGAUUAUGAAGAAUUUGUUAGAGGAUGCCAUUUGGGAGUAUUUGCCAGUUACUAUGAGCCGUGGGGAUACACGCCUGCUGAAUGUACUGUGAUGGGCAUCCCAUCAAUCACCACUAAUUUGUCAGGGUUUGGCUCGUUCAUGCAGGAUCUAAUUGAGAAACCCGAAGAGGAAGGUAUCUACAUUGUAGAUCGCCGUAAGCAAUCCCUGGAGGAUUCUGUUCGGCAGCUGGCCGAAUACAUGGUCAGCUUCGCCAGCAAGACCCGUCGUCAGCGGAUUAAUCAGCGUAACCGUGUUGAGCGCCUCUCCCCUUUGCUCGAUUGGAAGAAUUUAGGUAUCGAAUACUCCAAAGCUAGACAACUCGCCCUUCGUCGUGCGUAUCCCGACGCCUUCGAGAGCGAGGAAGAUGGCAUCUCGUACGGUAAUGAGGAGGAUUAUUUCAGCGGGGGAACCUUUACUGCUGGACAAGGUGGAGGUGGAGGUGCUGGGUUCUCUGUGCCUGGAACGCCGACCUUCCGUGGCGCUGCCACCCCUGGUGAUAUGGGUACCCUUACCGAAGAGAUGCAGAGUCUGAGCACGAGCGAUUAUCGUGGCGGUGAGAUAUGGCACAGUUCCAUCUUCCGGCCAGAAGAUGAGGAAGACAGCUAUCCUUAUCCAUUGGUUAUGAAAGUUCGUACUCGAGCCAACUCCGUCAGAUCCGGCGCCAGUACCCCCGGAAGUGCAAACAACAGGAGUCUAAGCGAGCGGGACCUCCAGAAGGCUGACGCUGCACUUAGUCACCAUAAAGCCAAUGAUUAA